CACGCGCGGAGGCCGGGCUGGGCCAGCCUGGUUGUCAUGAGAGCGGCGGCCGCAGCCCGGGCACUGGGCGCUGGCUUCCGGGGUUGCUCUUCUGCCGCCACCGCCGCUGCGGCUCCGGGGUGCGGGCCGGCCGGGGGCGGCGGAGGAGGGGCCGCCUGAGCCCCGUCGAGGACGCGGCGCUACCGGGAGCGGCGAAGAGCCUGGAGUCGUGCGGACAUCCUGACAGCCCUGUGGCAGAAUGCCCCACAAGAUCGGCUUCGUAGUUGUCAGCUCCUCCGGACACGAAGACGGCUUCAGUGCCCGGGAGCUAAUGAUCCACGCACCGACCAUCAGCGGCUGGAGAUCGCCGAGAUUUUGCCAGUUUCCACAAGAAAUUGUCCUGCAAAUGGUGGAGCGGUGUCGAAUACGAAAGCUGCAGCUGCUGGCUCAUCAGUACAUGAUCGCCAGUAAAAUCGAGUUCUACGUCAGCGAGAGCCUGCCCGAGUAUUUCGUGCCGUAUCAAGCCGAGCGCUUCCGGAGGCUGGGCUACGUCUCUCUGUGUGACAAUGAAAAGACAGGUUGCAAAGCCCGGGAACUAAAAUCAGUUUAUGUGGAUGCAGUAGGACAGUUUCUUAAGCUGAUUUUUCACCAAAACCACGUCAACAAGUACAACGUAUAUAAUCAGGUUGCUUUGGUUGCAAUAAAUAUCAUUGGAGACCCUGCAGAUUUCGGUGACGAAAGCAAUAUCCCCUCUAGGGAGAAGCUGAUUGACCACUAUCUGGGGCACACGGCGGAGGACCCCGCUCUCGAAGGAACUUGUUCUGGCAAGUCUGACUAUAUUUCCCCACUGGACGACCUGGCGUUCGACAUGUACCAGGACCCCGAGGUGGCGCAGAUCAUCCGCAGGCUGGACGAGAGGAAGCGCGAGGCGGUGCGGCAGGAGCGCUACGACCACGCCAAGAAGCUGAAACAAGCCAUUGCCGACCUGCACAAGGUGGGCGAGCGGCUGGGCAGGUACGAGGUGGAGAAGCGCUGUGCCGUGGAGAAGGAGGACUAUGACCUGGCCAAGGAGAAGAAGCGGCAGAUGGAGCAGUACCGCCUCCGCGUGUACCAGCAGCUGCAGCUGCACGACCUGGCAGGCGCCGAGCUGAUGCGAAGGCCUUUGGAUCUGCCGCUUCAGCCCCUCGUCCGUCCAGGCAGCCCUCGCCACCAGCAGCCUGUGCUCCCGCCGCCACAGCCAGAAGAAAAGGGGACAGAAACCCAGCUUGCAGCCCCUUUCCUUGAGGAGAAGCCUUCAUCACGCCUCCUGGAGGCCUCCCCACAGCAUCCCACCGUGCACCGGCCCCCUCCCGCCGCAGACCCUCCUCCCAAGACCCACCUUGAGUCCCUGCCCUACGACGAACGGCCCCUUCCCGUGACCCGCAAGCAGCCCGGGAGGGUGGCUGCAGAACCGGAGCCGGAGAGGAGCGCCAUGGAGCCGGCCGAGGCUCCCCGGGGAGGUGUCGUGGGCGAGCCGGAGCCGCUCACAGAGAAGGCCCUGCGUGAAGCCAGCUCUGCCGUGGAUGUGCUGGGCGAGGCCUUGGUGGCCGCCGCCUAUUCCAAGACGUGGUCGCACCGGGAGGAGUCGCUGCUGGCGCUGUCCGCACAGCUGGCUGACCUGCCGCUCGGGACCCCGAAGGAGGCCGUGAAGAACGCGCUGCGGGCGGCCGUCUUCCUCGUCAGGAGGGCCGCUCGAGACAUCGUGACCCCGGUCUUCCAGGCCUCUUUGAAAUUGUUGAAAAUGAUCAUCACACAGUAUAUUCCUAAACAUAAACUGAGCAAACUUGAAACAGCUCACUGUGUGGAAAGAACCAUUCCCGUUUUGCUCACGAGAACUGGAGAUUCUUCUGCUCGCCUCCGUGUUAUUGCUUCAAAUUUUAUUCAGGAAGUGGCCCUGUUUAAGGAAGUCCGGUCUCUCCAGAUCAUCCCGUCCUACCUGGUCCAGCCGUUGAAAGCAAACUGCUCGGCUCACCUGGCCAUGAGUCAGAUGUCCCUGCUGGCCCGGCUGCUGAAGGACCUGGGCACAGAGGGCACGGGCUUCACCGUGGACAGCGUGAUGAAGUUCUCGGUGCGGGCGCUGGAGCACAGGGCGCGCGAGGUUCGCGAGGCGGCUGUGAGGAUGAUCCUGGACCUGUAUGCGCAGCAUCGCAGCCCUGUCCUGGAGCACCUGCCACCUGACGACAGCGCCGCCCGCAGGAACGUCCUGUACAAAACCCUCUUUGAGGGAUUUGCCCGAAUAGACGGCAGACCUGCGGAUACCCAAGUCAGGGUGCAGAAAAGAGCAGCUGCAGACGAGGCCGAGAAGCGGAAGAAGGAAGAAAUGAAAGCUUUGCACGGGCAGCUGGCGGCCCUGGAGGGCGCGCAGGCGGAGUCCCAGGACAAGGAGAGCCAAGCUGCCGAGGCCAGGAGGCCGGCCCCUCAAGGAAGGGAAGCGGCCCCACCUCGUGCUCCGGAAAUUCCAGAGAAUCAAGACUUAGACAACUUGUGCAUCUUCUGUGGGGAAAGGAGCGAGGCCUUCACCGAGGAGGGCCUGGACCUGCACUACUGGAAGCACUGCCUCAUGCUGACACGAUGCGACCACUGCAGACAGGUGGUGGAGAUUUCCAGCCUGACGGAGCACCUGCUGACGGAGUGUGACAGGAGGGACAGCUUUGGGAAGUGUUACCGCUGCAGCGAGGCUGUCCUCAAGGAGGAGCUGCCCAGACACCUGAAGACGAAGGACUGUAACCGUGAGCCCCGGCCCUGGGUCCCCCAGGGGCUUGGCUGCGGGGUCGGGGUGGGGGGUCAGACCUCACGUCCGCCGGCGCCCCUGCUCUUCUGCCCCCGUUCAUGUGUCACAGGAGUGACACGUUCUUGUCUCAAUGAAAUCAUUUCAGCUGCGAAACCGGAGAAGCUGGCAAAUCGCUGUCCUCUGUGCCACGAGAACUUCAGCCCCGGAGAAGAGGCCUGGAAGGCUCACCUGAUGGGCCCCAUGGGCUGCACGCUGAACCUGCGCCGCACGCACCUGCUGCCCAGGCCACCCGCGCUGCCGCCGGGUAAAGGCCCAGCCACGACCACGUCAGGGACCUCAGGACCGAGGGGCGGAAGCAAGAUCCCCACCCCCAAGGGGGGCCUGAGUAGGCGCUCCGGCAGGACAUGCACAAAGCGGUGACAUGACACGCGUCUGUCCCCUUUGUCCCCAAAGGUCCGAACAGCUUUCCUGCCUGAGCACAUCUCCUGGAAGCCUCCCCAGAAAUGGACCCCCUCUGCCCUGUUCGUCCCCCCAUGGACGCCGUGCGUGGGGCUGACGGAGGCACCGUGUCCCGUCCGGCCCUGACUUCCUGGAGCCCGGCUCACGGUUUCCCCCCCUUGCUCAGCCCGGGCUCCCAGGAGGGAGGUUGUUCUGUGCGACGAGAAAUGCACUGGCCGCAGCCACGGGUCCACGUCGAGGGCCCAGCAUCCUCUCUCUUCAUCUUGGAGUGAGUUCCAUAAAAACCUCCUAUAAACCGCUCGCACGUGGGUCUCUGUCAGCCAUGGCCGAAGGCCCACAGGGCCUGCCGGGCCGGGAGGUGGGACAGGAUGCUGGUCCUGGUGCCCCCCACACACCUGCCCGCCACGUAGGCCUGCGGAGCACACGUGUCCACGGCAGCCAGAAGUAAGGUCCAAACAGUGGUUCCUGGAAGGGCCCUUGGCUCUCGCCUGCUGAAUGCCUGCCUGGCACCCCCACCCCCACCCGGGCAUCUAAACUAACACUAGUGGCUCCAUGCCAGGCCCUCCCUCCGGGCCACAAGGCUUUACUCUUGUGAAAGGACAUCCCCGAGGGUCCUACUCUCCUGAGCAGGCAUGCCAGUCCAGCAGCCCUUCCUUAAACCCCUGGGGCACAUGUAGGGCUGGUAGAGACUCUAGCCCGAGCGACCUCCUCUGUGAUACUCCGGGGAGCUUUCCACGCAGGCCAGCGGCCUCAGGGCGUCUGUCAUCCUGUCCCGCUCAGACCGGGUCAGAAUUGGAGCUGAAAGUUCACUUUUCUUGAACCCUCCGCUUGAUACUUUAAACACCAAAAACCGCUUCAAACGAUGAAAGCAAACCUCAGCAUCCAGUCUCCCGACCAGCUCCCAGGCAGCCCCCCCCGUCCCGUGCAAGUGGCGUCAGGUGGCUUCGGGGCACAGCCGGUGUUUGUCUGAAAGCUGCUUGGAAAUGCCACCCUCCUGUCCACACCUGUGGUCCCCAGAGGUCCAGUCCACUAGAGGCCCAGAGAAGUUGGCUCUCUCUGUCUCACCCAUGACCAGGACGGGCUCUCAGGAUGCCAGCUAGAGAUGCAUGGACUCGACCGAAUUGGCACCAACAGCGCGCGAAUGGUUUUGAUUCCCAGCCAAGUGAGAUGACAGAGUGUAUGUUAAAAAGCUGAGCGCACCUUUCAGCACCGCGCUCCCUGGAUGUGCUCGUGACCAUGAGCUUCUACUAAUCCGCCUCCGUUUUUGGUAAAGUAACAUCUCCUCAUGCGGUUGACGCGGAGCACUGAGCAAGACUGAGAAUGCCCUUCAGAAGCAGACUCUAUGAAGAGCUUAGAAGAAAAAUGUGAAACUACUAGACGGGGCAGCGGGUGGAUGCUAAGGAAUUACUAAAAACGACCCUCCCUGACUUCAGGGACGUUGCCAUGAUCGUCCAGUCUGGUGAUGAAGUAGAGAGAAAAGGCUUCUCUAGAGAGAACAGUGGGGAAAAUUAACCAAGAAAUUAUGCUUUCCUCCCAAUUAAAACGUUUAAAAAUAUAAAUGUAAUGUUUUCUAUAUAUUACAACUAAAAGAAGGUAUUUGUAAAAACACAUAAUCUUUAGUGAUUGACAAAAGUGAGUGCAUUUAAAAUAGACUAGGCUUACUGGUUAUAGAAGAAUCACGUGUUUAUGUUAAAAACGAUUCCUGGCAGUGACCAGUGGCUCUUAAGGGCUUUACAGAGGUAUAUAUGACUAAGGAACCAAGAAUAAAGGGUAAAGAAAUAUAAGAGAAACUGUAAGUUCCUUUGGCCAUUUGUAUUUAGAUAUAAAUAUCUAAACUGGGAACAGUAAUUAAUAACUGAAAUUUCAUAAGUAUGUUGCGGAUAUUUAACAAUAUUUAUUUCUAUUUUCGUAUUUCAGAAUAUUCUAUCUAAUUUAAAAGAAUUGUAUCUAUAAAUUUGGCACGAGAACUCCAUUGUAAAUACUUUUAAUGAAAAUUUGCAGCUUUUUAAUAUUUUGACAUAGUUUUCUAUUUAUUUCAGGUACCAGAAUUAUAAAGUAUCUAAGUAAUAUAUUUUUGUUGUUGUUGUUUUUAGGGCUUAGGGGUUAGUUCUCCCUGAGUAUAUUAAUAAAAAGAUUACUAAAUGUUGUGUCACUUUUACUUUAAGAUUAUAAUUAAAAAGUAAACACGCAGGUGUGGCUCAGUCCUGACACCUCAGGAGUGCUGGAUUUUGCUGAGAGAGGGGUAGUGGGCACUGAGUUGCCAGGAGAGAAUUUAGUUCCUUAAAUAAGCUAUUUAUCAAAAUGGGCUUUGCUGAAGAUCCUAAAGCCUUUUUUAAGCAGCAUGUAGAUUAGAGAGGCCUAUUGAUCGGUUUUAUCCGUGGGAUAAAAUGCGAUGUUUCCUGAGUGCUCUCACGGUGCCCAUCAGAGGUUUGUAGUCUCUUCAUGUGGUUUUUUCCUCUGUGAGAGGGUAUUUUUAUCAGCCAGUGUGGCUAUUUUGCUUUUCAAAUAAGUAAAAAUGCAGUAUUUUCUCUU